AUGGCCAUCAACAACGGCAUGGCCACCAUCGCGACCGCGGCCGUAGCGGCCGCCACUGCCACAUCGACCACAUCCGCCGCCGGGCCGCACAAGGACGCGCCACAGGGCGAGUGCUCCCUGCUAGGUCCCUUCGCGCUGAUUGUGCAGGCGGCCUUGGGCGGCCUCGCGCUGCUCUCGCUGGUGUACAAGCGCUGGAGGGAACGCCCGCAACGGCCCCUCAAGAUCUGGUUCUUCGACGUCUCGAAGCAAGUCUUUGGGUCGGUGCUAGUGCACAUCGCCAACAUCUUCAUGUCCAUGUUGACGAGCGGACGCUUCUCGAUCAAGCUGGAGCCCACCGCGGCACGCGUGAUGUCGCGGGCCGAUGAUCCUUACGUCCCCAACCCCUGUUCGUUUUAUCUGCUCAACCUAGCUAUUGACACAACGGUUGGCAUCCCUAUACUCAUCGUGUUGCUACGCAUCAUGACAGGCCUAGUGGCUUUCACGCCGCUCGGCAAGCCCGUCGAGUCCAUCCAGUCGGGCAACUACGGCAACCCACCCAACGCAUGGUGGUGGCUCAAGCAGUCCGUCAUCUACUUCUGCGGCCUAUUUGGCAUGAAGGUCUGCGUCCUCAUCAUCUUCAUCGUCAUGCCGUGGAUCUCCAAGGUCGGCGACUGGGCGCUCAAGUGGACCGAGGGCAACGAGCGGCUCCAAAUCGCCUUCGUCAUGAUGAUCUUCCCCCUCAUCAUGAACGCCCUGCAGUACUACAUCAUCGACUCCUUCAUCAAGAAGAAGGACACCGACGAGCACGAGAGGCUGCCGUCCGAGGACCCGGACGCGUACGAUGAGGGUACCGGUUUGCGCACCCGCGGCCCAGACAGCGAUAUCGACAGCGACGAGGACGAGGACGUCAAGUCAGUCGUCAAAAGGCCCACAUCCACUGCGGCAGAAGAGUAUGACCCAGACGUGGACGGCGAUGCGCCGACCGUCAUCGGCAGCAGCUCUAGCGGCCGCAUCGAACGCAACAAGGUGCCACGGGAACUGUUCCCCAAGGAGUAG